AUGGCAGUUCCGAUUCGAUUCUUCGAGCUGAACACUGGUGCCAAAUUACCUUCGGUCGGUCUCGGAACCUACGGCGUGGUCCCAACAACAGUCGAACAAGGGAUUAAGAUUGGAUACAGACAUAUCGACUGUGCUUCAAUUUACGGUAACGAAAAAGAGAUUGGUUAUGUAUUGAAGAAGCUAAUUGAUGGUGGAUUCGUGAAGCGUGAUGAGUUAUUCAUCACUUCGAAACUCUGGUGCAAUGAUCAUUUGCCUGAAGAUGUACCUAAGGCACUAGACAAAACAUUGCAGGACUUACAAAUUGACUACGUUGAUUUAUAUCUGAUACAUUGGCCAGUGAGUUUGAAGAAGGAAUCACGUGUGCCAACACCUGAAACGCUCACGAACACUGACAUACCAAGUACAUGGAAAGCAAUGGAAGCUCUCUAUCACUCUGGAAAAGCUCGAGCAAUUGGUGUUAGCAAUUUCUCGUCGAAGAAGCUUCAAGAUCUUCUUAACCUGGCGCAGGUAGUCCCGGCUGUUAACCAAGUGGAAUGCCACCCAGUUUGGCAGCAACAAUCUCUUCAUGAACUAUGCAAAGCCAAAGGAGUUCACUUAUCCGGUUACUCUCCUUUAGGUUCCCAAUCUAAGGGAGAAGUCAGGCUAAAGGUUCUUCAGAACCAGAUUGUCGCCGAGGUUGCAGAGAAACUUGGAAAGACCACCGCUCAAGUGGCUCUCCGUUGGGGACUUCAAAUGGGUCAUAGUGUUCUACCAAAAAGCUCGAGCGAGGCUCGGCUCCUGGAGAAUUUUGAUGUUUUUGACUGGUCCAUACCUGAAGAUCUGUUUGUCAAGUUCUCUAACAUUCCCCAGGAGAAGUUAAUCCAAGGUGCUGAUUUCACGCAUGAGACUCGCGGCUUUUAUAAGACCGUAGAUGAGCUAUGGGACGGUGAAGUUUGA